CUCGGCCCCGCACAAAAACACGCAGAGCAGGAGGAGGAGGACGCGGCCGUGGACUGGGAUGGCUUUGUUUUAAUCCACAGGAGGAACUCCCGCAAAAAACACCGAAAAAACACCGAAAACACACGCGUCCGGCUUCAACUAAAGGUCUGAGAGGAUUCCUGCUGCUCCAGAGCCAACAUGAGCUGGAGCUUCCUGACACGUCUGCUGGAUGAGAUUUCCAAUCAUUCCACCUUUGUGGGAAAAAUCUGGCUGACCCUCCUGAUCGUCUUCCGCAUUGUGCUGACGGCAGUUGGGGGCGAAUCCAUCUACUAUGAUGAACAGAGUAAAUUUGUUUGCAACACUCAGCAGCCCGGUUGUGAGAACGUGUGUUACGAUGCCUUUGCGCCGCUGUCGCACAUCCGCUUCUGGGUGUUUCAGGUGAUUAUGAUCACCACCCCCACCGUCAUGUACCUCGGCUUCGCUAUGCAUAAGAUCGCCCGUAUGGAUGACGAAGACUACCGGCCCCGGGGCAGGAAGAGGAUGCCCAUAGUGAGCCGAGGGGCCAACAGGGAUUACGAAGAAGCUGAGGAUAAUGGGGAGGAGGACCCCAUGAUUCUGGAAGAGAUUGAGCCAGAGAAGGAAAAGGACGUUGUGGAGAAGCCCAGCAAAAAGCACGACGGACGCCGUCGCAUUAAGAGAGAUGGUCUGAUGAAGGUCUAUGUGUUCCAGCUGCUGUCCAGGGCCAUCUUCGAGGCCUCCUUCCUGUUUGGACAGUACAUUCUUUAUGGACUGGAGGUGGCGCCGUCGUACAUUUGCACCCGCUCUCCCUGUCCUCACACUGUGGACUGCUUUGUCUCACGUCCAACUGAGAAGACCAUCUUCUUGCUCAUCAUGUAUGCGGUCAGUGCCUUGUGUUUGCUCUUUACGGUGUUGGAGAUACUUCACCUCGGCUAUAGCGGCAUCCGGGAUUGUUUUUGCACGCCCAGGUCUCGGCCCCCGACCCCCCGUCACCCUGCUUUGGCCAGCCAGAGGUCGUCCAUCUGCCGUCAGCCGUCCGCGCCUCCAGGCUACCACACCGCUCUGAAGAAGGACCCGUCAGGAAAGAUGGGCUUCAGGGACAACCUGGGCGACUCAGGCCGCGAGUCCUUUGGGGACGAGGUGUCUUCACGAGAGCUUGAGAGGCUGCGCAGGCAUCUGAAACUGGCCCAGCAGCAUCUGGACAUGGCCUACCAGAAUGAAGAGAACAGCCCGUCCCGCAGCAGCAGCCCGGAGUCCAAUGGGACGGCAGUCGAACAAAACAGACUCAACUUUGCCCAGGAGAAGCAGAGCACCUGUGAGAAAGGUCUCCGAGCGUAGAUGUCCAUCAGUCCAACUGACUCUGGAUGAAGUUCUCAUCAGGACGAAAGAAAGAAAGAGGAUCACAACAAGAAGAGAGAGUGUGUGUGUGUUUGUGUGUGUGUGUGUGUGCAUCAUUCCAGUGUUCGGACCAGCUCCGUUCCAGCAUCAUGUGAAGGAGGAGGGGCGGAGCCUGUAGUCAGCAGGAUGGCGGUGGUGGACGUAGACGUUGGACGGUGUUUGGAUCCACAGUGUGGAACCGCAGACGGUGUUUGGAUCCACAGUGUGGAACCGCAGAUGGCCUCUGUGGAACCGCAGAUGUUCUCAGACACCUACGGCGGAUCCUGCUGUUCUCCCUCAGGGCAGCUAUUGUUUGUUUAUUUCUAUUAUUUGUUUGUGUUCAGACCUGAACGGUUGGUCCAGGUACAAAGGGUUUUCAGUGAGUGCAUCUCAACAGUUGGUUCAACCCAAACUGGAAUUACUCUGUUUAUAUUAUUAUUAUUAUUAUUUUUUAUAAUUUUUUUUAUUAUUUUUUAAGUGAAGGCCAAGUUCAUUGUAGUGCAAAAGGAGUAGAAGAUGUGAGAAGGGGACAGCAGUCAGAGGUGAUGAAGGGUGACCCUAACCCUAGGGUGACCCUAACCCGAUGGGUUUAAGGAUCAUCCAAAGGUUCUCCUGAACUGGGUCACCUGUCUGUCUUUGAACAGUAGUUAGUUGUUUUUUUUUUCAUGUCUGGUGCCAGCUAUGAGAACUGGAACACAGUUUGGGUGCCUUUGUCCAAAGGAAUUAACAAAAACCUGGAUAAUGCUUGAAAAACAUGUUAGUGUUGAUGGUUGUGAAACUGUUCAAACCUGGAUUUGAAACUGUUGGUUUGUUUUUUUCAGUUAGUAUUUUGUUGGUAUUGGGAUAUUGGAACAGGCUCAGUGGAAACCAGUUUAAUUUAAAUGAGCUCCUGAAGCAUGAAGCAGUCUGAGCUCCUGAAGCAGUCUGAUAGGAGCCCAGGCUUCAGAGUGAAUCCAGUGCCUGCUUCUUCUUCCACUCAUCCAUGUCCCACAGUGCCCUUAGUGCCCACUUUAAAAAAUGUCAUCUCAGUUUUAUUUUUGAACAAUUUUUUUUGUACUUUUAUACUUUUUGUACUGAUAGUACCUUGUUAGUUUUUGAUAAUAAACUUUUUCAACAAAUA